UUCCACCCGUGCCACAGUCUCAACGGGUAUCUACAUCUCGGUAGAUAUUCUACCCGACUCUGCCCUUCCAUCCGCUCUCUACCCCUAUCCCUUCCUCCAGGAGCAGCAGCAGGGCCGCCACCUCCCCAACCAACGACAGCCCGGACAAAGAACCCCAUCCCCCCCGCCGCCGCCACCACCACCAUGUCGAUGCGCCCCUCCCUCUUCACGCGUGGCCUCUCGGGGCUAUCGCAGUCGUCCGACCCCAACUCCCCCAUGAGCGGCGUGUCGUCGCCCGCCGAGCAGCGCAACGAUGCCAAGCACAACUUUCUCAAGGCGAUGCGCCCCCUACCCACCCAGCACUACUGGAACGUGUGGUUCGACCGGCAGCAGAGCAAAGACCAGCAGCAGCAACAGCAGGCGGGCGACAACAACAAUGGGGAAUACCACGCGGAGCUCGAGCAGCUGGGCGCGCCGAUCGAGAGCGUGCAGGACUUUUGGCGGUACAACAACAACACGCCGGUAGACCAGAUCAAGAUGCGCGAGAGCAUCUACCUCUUCAAGGCCGGGUUCAAGCCCAUCUGGGAGGACCGCCGGAACGUGCUGGGCGGCAGCUGGACCUUCCGGGUGCCCAAGAGCAACGGGCCGGACGUGUGGAACCGGGUGCAGCUGCUGGCGAUCGGGGAGAAGCUGCAGAGCGUCUUGGAAGACGGCGACCAAAUCUGCGGCGUCGGCCUCUCGGUCCGCUUCAACUCGCACCUCAUCUCCAUCUGGCACCGCGACGCGUCCCGCCAGGCCUCCAUCGACGCCAUGGUGCAGUGCGUGCUCGAAGAGCUGCCCGCCGAGCUCCGCCCCAAGCCGGACAACUACUUUUACAAGAAGCACUCGGACCACGCCGGGUUCAAGGUCCCGCCCGAGCUGCAGGUCGUGAUUGACUCGCAGCGCGCGCGGGAGGCGGCAGCGGCCAAGGCGGCACAGGAGUCGACAUCUGGUGCUAAGCAAGGGCAAGCGCCUGAGAUUGUUGAGGUGCCGCCGACGGAAGGCCAAUGAACGUAGGGGAGUAAGCCAUUUCAUUGAAAGAAGCGUGUCUUGUUCACAACCCCAGCCAUAUAUGGGGAUCUGGAAAAUACGGUCUGCAUAUGGCGGCGUUGCGUUCCAUGUCA